CGAUCGAGACGCGUGGAAUGCUCUCCCCGCGACUGUGAAAACUGUACUGAGAAGCUUGAUUCCUGCGUGACACGCGUGUUUUUACGACAUUAUCGACAUUUGGAGCCUGUUCUAUUUGCUCACCCUUGAUUGCGCGUUGGGAUCGGCGGGCCAGCUCAACAGCUCAAGCAAACAUGCUACCGUCAAAAACCCAUCCCACCGGGAUAUUAAUCACGGCUCUCUACGGCUCAAUUUCCCUAGCGGCUGCGGUUGGUUCAACGGAUAGCUUUGAUGUUCUGGACUAUGUCGACCCUCUUAUUGGGACGGCUAACGGAGGCCACGUUUUCCCUGGAGCAACCUUGCCAUUUGGAAUGGCAAAGGCUGUCGCCGAUACAGUAGGUGAGAACCAGGCAGGCUUCGCAUAUGAUACAACGGUUGUCACCGGGUUCUCCCAUAUGCAUGACUCUGGCACUGGUGGCUCCCCAUCUCUGGGAAACUUUCCGAUAUUCGCCCAGCCUUCUUGCCCAAACGAUGAUAUCAACCAAUGCAAGUGGCAGCUCAACGACAGAGCGGUUGUAUGGAAGAGGGACUCAGCCAAGGCCCGCCCGGGAUAUUUUAGCAUCUCACUGGCAAAUGGUGUCCAGGCAGAAAUGACUACCACCAACCGAUCCGCUCUGUAUCGUUUCACCUUUGAUGGAGCGUCAUCCGAGUCGCUGAGCCCAGUGGUACUAGUGGAUUUGAUAGAUUUGCCACAGUCGCGAACCAAUGGGUUUGCUGAUGUUGACUCUUCCAACGGCCGCCUGACAGGAAAUGGCACCUUCAACCCUAGCUUUGGCAUUGGAAGCUAUGAUCUCCAUUUUUGUGUUGACUUUAAGGGUGCAGAGCUUCGUGAUACCGGUGUUUGGACCAAGAACCGAGCCAACACCACCAGGAAAACCGUUUCAUUGCGGGCUGAUGGUACAAAUAGCCCCGACACCCUAUCUGCGGGUACAUUUGCUCGAUUCCACGCUCCCAAAGACAAUACGAUUUUAGCUCGCGUUGGCGUGAGCUUCAUGAAUGUCAAACAAGCGUGCGCUAAUGCCGAACGGGAGCAACCCAACUUCGACUUUGAUGGCACCAGAUCUGCGGCCGAAGAUGCUUGGAGGAAGAAACUGAGUGUUGUCUCUGUUGACGCGGAUGGAGUCUCGAAAGACCUUCAAACAGUCUUCUGGAGUGGAGCAUAUCGGUCUCUUAUUAGUCCUCAGGACUAUACCGGUGAGAAUCCCUUGUGGGAAAGUGAUGAGCCGUACUAUGACAGCUACUACUGUAUUUGGGACUCAUACCGCAGUAUUCAUCCUCUAUUGACAUUGGUUGACCCUCUUUCACAAUCCCUGAUGAUGCGAAGUCUUCUUGACAUUUACCGCCACGAGGGGUACCUUCCUGACUGCCGGAUGUCACUUUGCAAGGGUUACACACAGGGAGGCUCUAAUGCCGAUGUCCUCAUGGCCGACGCCUAUCUGAAGAAGGUUGAUGGGAUUGACUGGGACACUGCCUACGAGGCUGUUGUGAAGGAUGCAGAAGUCGAGCCCGCGAACUGGAAUGUCGAGGGACGCGGUGGGCUGCAAAGCUGGAAGAGUCUCGGAUACAUUCCCACCGACGAUUACGACCCAUAUGGCGUUGGGACUCAUACUCGCAGUAUCUCGCGUACCGUGGAAUAUGCGUACAACGACUUCUGCAUUGCCGAGAUGGCAAAGGGUAUGGGCAAGCAAGCAGACUACGAGAAGUAUACCACUCGCUCGGGGAACUGGGCACACAUGUUCAAGGAGGAUCAAAAGUCCAGUAUCAAUGGUGCCGACACCAAUUUCACUGGAUUCUUGCAGCCUCGCUACACGAACGGUACCUGGGGUUACCAAGAUCCAAUCUUCUGUAGCCCUCUGCUGAACUUUACUUCCUGCUAUCUGAAUCCCAGUGGUCAUGAGACCUACGAAGGAAGCUCCUGGCUUUAUACCUUCUAUGCCCCUCAUGAUAUGGGAGCUCUUAUCAAAACGCUUGGUGGCGCAGAGCAAUUCACAUCCCGAUUGGAGUUCCUUCACGAAUCUGGUCUUCUCUAUGUGGGCGAUGAGCAGGCAUUCUUAACCGUGUUCCAAUUCCACUACAGCGGUCGGCCCGCUCUAUCUGCCAAAUACAGCCACUUUUAUAUCCCGUCUCAGUUUAACACCACAACCGCCGGUAUCGCAGGGAAUGAUGAUAGUGGUGCCAUGGGCUCGUUUGUGAUGCUGAGUAUGAUGGGGCUUUGGCCUGUUCCUGGACAGGAUGUCUACCUGAUCACUCCACCCUACUUCAAAGAAGUGAGCAUCAAAAACGCUGUCACUGGUAAAACAGCCACGAUCCGGAACGUGAAUUUCGAUGCCAACUACAAGUCCAUCUUUAUCCAGAGUGCCAAGCUAAAUGGUGAGGCAUGGUCAAAAAAUUGGCUCACCCAUGACUUCUUUACCCAGGGUGGCGUCCUCGAGCUGGAGUUGGGCUUAACUGAAAGCAAAUGGGGGACUCAGACAGAAGAUCUGCCACCCAGUCUGAGCAACUAUCACAAGUAACAAUAUCAAUCACAAGAUAUGAUGACUCGAUCCCUUUGACCUCGAUAGGGCUUGCAGGGUUUGUCGUCUUCUUUGGCCCUGCAUGAAGCAAGCUGGUGAUUUCCUGCCAGGUCCAGGCCUGUUCCCUUCCUUUUCGCUUCAGGGCCUUAUAGACCCUGUUCUGCUCCCUUCUGUUUCUUCUUCUUCUUCUAGUCGUCUUCGCCUCCUUGCUCUAGAUAGACCAAUUGACUCAGUCUCCC